AAUAAAAACAUGCUCUCUCUUUCCUCCUCCUAUAUACUACUUCCCUCUCUUCACAAUCCACAGCUCUCUCUCUCUCUCUCUCUCUCUCUCUCUCGUAUAAGGUUUGUUUAACACUUCUCUUCUCUAGUAGUAAUAUCUAAGUCAGAGAUCAGAUUUCCAAUCCCCAUGGAAGAUCGCAAGGAGAAGAACACACCAUGGCUGUCCGUUCCCCAGUUUGGGGACUGGGAUCAAAAGGGAGUAAUGCCAGAUUACUCUCUGGAUUUCUCAAAAAUCAGAGAAAAUAGAAAACAGAACAAGAGGGAUGUGUCAAGAGCCAGUCUUGGAAAUGAAGAAGAGCUCAUCUCCUCAACCGCCACCACUGCUAACUCAGCCCACCGUGACCAUCAACACCACCAUUUCCACCAGGACGAUUCUCCAACUACGAGGAGAAGCUUUCUCAGCUACUUCAACUGUUGUGUAAAAGCUUGAGAUUUCUGAAGCAUUUUCACGCAAUUUGUAACUUUUUCUGUCAUGGUAAUGUAUUAUUGUGAAUUUACUCCAUUGGAACAAUGAUGAUGUGUUUGUGAAUCUGAAUCUAAUGGAGAUGGUAUUUUUUUUAUUCCACCGGCGCGUUGAUGAC